AUGAAGUGAUUGAGAAGAAGCAGUGAAGAUUUUCAUUUUUGGACAGGAAAACAUGGAUCAGCCAUUUACUGUGAAUUCUCUGAAAAAGUUGGCGGCUAUGCCAGACCACACGGAUGUUUCCUUAAGCCCAGAGGAGCGAGUCCGAGCCCUAAGCAAGCUUGGUUGUAAUAUUACAAUCAACGAAGACAUCACUCCGCGCCGCUACUUUAGAUCUGGAGUAGAAAUGGAGAGGAUGGCAUCUGUGUAUUUGGAAGAAGGAAAUUUGGAAAAUGCCUUUGUUCUUUAUAAUAAAUUUAUCACCUUGUUUGUAGAAAAGCUUCCUAAUCAUCGAGAUUACCAGCAAUGUGCAGUCCCCGAAAAGCAAGAUAUUAUGAAGAAACUGAAGGAGAUUGCAUUCCCAAGGACAGAUGAAUUGAAAAAGGACCUUUUAAAGAAAUAUAACCUAGAAUUCCAAGAAUAUUUGCAAAGCAAAAACAAAUAUAAAGCAGAAAUUCUUAAAAAGUUGGAGCAUCAGAAACUGAUAGAGGCGGAGAGGAAGCGGAUUGCUCAGAUGCGCCAGCAGCAGCUAGAAUCCGAGCAGUUUCUGUUUUUUGAAGAUCAACUCAAGAAGCAAGAAUUAGCCCGAGGUCAGAUGCACAGUGCCGAAACGCCUGAGCUGUCUCAGCAGAUUGAUGGAAGUGCUUUGUCCUGCUUUUCCACUCAUCAGAACAACUCUUUGCUGAACGUAUUUGUGGAGCAACCUAAUAAAAGUGAUGCACCCAGUUCCGCUAGUCACUCGCCUCCUGUGAACAGGGCCUUAAAGCCAGCUGCCACUGUGAGUGCUACGCAGAAUUUAGUGGUAGAAGGACUAAGAUGCGCAGUCUUACCCAGAGAUCUUUGCCACAAAUUUCUGCUGCUGGCAGAGUCUAAUACAGUAAGAGGGAUAGAGACCUGUGGAAUCCUAUGUGGAAAACUGACACAUAAUGAAUUUACUAUCACCCACGUAAUAGUACCAAAGCAGUCUGCAGGACCUGAUUAUUGUGACGUAGAGAACGUAGAAGAACUAUUCAAUGUUCAAGAUCAACACGAUCUCCUGACUUUGGGAUGGAUUCAUACACAUCCCACCCAAACUGCAUUCUUAUCCAGUGUUGAUCUUCACACUCACUGUUCCUAUCAACUCAUGUUACCAGAGGCUGUUGCCAUUGUUUGUUCGCCAAAGCAUAAGGACACUGGCAUCUUCAGGCUCACCAAUGCUGGCAUGCUUGAGGUUUCUGCUUGUAAAAAGAAGGGCUUUCAUCCACACACCAAGGACCCCAGGCUGUUCAGUAUGUGCAAACAUGUGCUCAUAAAAGACAUAAAAAUAAUUGUGCUGGAUCUCAGGUGAUAUGCUUGGAAGAUUAACACCACCAGUUCUAGAUGCCUACCUGUGGACACGUGGUUGCUGGAUUUUCUUAAGGUGUUUCCAGAAAUGACUGAGAUUUUAUAUUUAUACAUUUUAAAUCAGAAAGUUUAAUAUUUAUUGCUCUUACACAUUUUGACGUUUUCAUUUUGAGUUGCUCUGUCUCAAGGGAGGUCAUAAAGUUGUUAAAUAAAUACCUAUUCCUGUGCCCCAGUACUAUGCCUUGAUAAUAAAUUGUACUGCAAACAA